AGGAAAACUUUCGAAUACAAUGUCAAAAUAAAAGUUGUACAACAUCAGUCGACAUUUGAAAUUGCUCAGUGUCAGUGUACAUGCCCUGCUGGAACGGGAUGGUCGGCGGCAUGCAAACAUAUUGGUGCAUUCUGCUUUUCGUUGGAAUACUUUUCGAUUUCAGGAAACACACAAGAAUAUGUCUCUUGCACUUCACAACCGAUGGAAUGGAACAAACCAAUUGUCGGCAGGGGUAUUGAUGUAAUGUCAAUCUUUGAAAUAACAGGGCGGCAAAGAAACAGUUAUACUAUUCGUGAAUCUGACCCUUUAGUGAAUAAUUUAAUUAAUAACAAUAUUAGUUGUCCCCUGACAAAUAAACGAAAAGCAAAUUUGGAAGGUUACACAAAUGAUCAUUUCGGAUUAGUACAUAUGGGAAAUGCAGCUACUGAUUAUGGUAACAGUUGUGAAUCCCUUGCUAGACAAGUGUAUCAAUGCCAAUAUGGGCAAGUGCAUUCCACAGGAUUGCUAAUUAAUCCCUCCAUUCCUUGGCUUGGAUUUAGUCCUGAUGGCCUAAAAAUGCACAGCGGAGUUAUUUAUAAACUAAUUGAGAUAAAAUGCCCUGUUCUGGGGAAGACCUCUGGUGUGGAAGGUUUUAUAUCAGAGUUACCAUAUCUCAAAUAUGACAAUCAACAACUUUUCCCAUAUUGCCUUAAUACGAAUCAUAAGUACUAUGGUCAAGUGCAAUUAGCAAUGUUUUUGUUAAACAUUGAAUUGUGUGACUUUGUCAUCUUUAGUUCUUUUGAUAAUAGUAUAUUUGUAAUUGAAGUAGAAAGAGAUGAUGUAUUCCUUCAAGCUCUAAUCACAAAGUUGCAUUACGUUUAUUUCAGGUAUUACUUAAAAAUGUUAUCUAGUUAAUAGAUUUUACCAUUAAUGAUUUUACCGUUGGUAUUGUAAAUUAAGAUUAGAUAUGUACAUUAUAUAUUUUAUAUUACUUAAUGUUAGUGGUGUUACUUUGAAUAUUACAAUAUAGUUUAAGAUGUGAAAUGAGUUACAUUA